AUGACUGAACAAAAUUUGGAAGAAGAUAACAAGAUUGAAUCUUUAUCAUCGAAUGAUGUGUUAACAACAAUUUACGAUGUAAAUCGAGCAAUUUUUCGUCAUUUACCUAUUCAUUCAAUCGAUUUAUGCUCUUUAGUUUGUAAAUCAUGGGCUCAUGUAGGUCAUUUAAUCAAAACACAUCGUCAUACAAUUCAUUCAUUAACUUAUCCAACUGAUCCAUUGUCAACAAUAGCAGAUUCUUCUUAUCUUCUAUCUGAUUUUGAUACAUUUAUUUCAUGCUAUAUACACAUUCAUCUUUGGUCAAUACCAUAUCUAGCAUUAGUUGUUACGACGAAUAGUUUAGAUAGAAAAGGUUUUCAUUCAUCAUCAGAUUGUUCAUUACGACCAGCAAAAUAUCCAAGACGAUCUCAUUCACAAACAACAGCUAGUCAAACAGAACGUCAUAAUAUAUCAGAAGCAUUAAUACAUCAUGUAAAUAAAUCAUGUAAAGUUCUUACAGUUGUUUCUGAUGGAAUUAUUGCAUCAAAUGAUAAGAAUCAAUCCAAUGAAAUUGAAUUAAAUGAUGCUGUGGGUAUUCUACUUCUUCCUAAAUUUCCACCGAAUAUUCUUGGAAUUUAUCCAUUUGAAAUUACAAAUAAAACACCAAUAUCUAAUAACAUGUCUCGUUCAGAUUUACAUCAACUUCUUGGAUGUGUACCUGAUGAUAUAUCCAUUCGAUGUGUUAUACUUUUCUAUACUCCACGUUUACUUCAAACUCAAAUGAAUAAUUGUAUUAAGAAAUUACUUGAAUAUUAUUCAUCCGAAGUAGUCAUUAUUGGAGGUUAUAUCAACAGAAGUCGUUAUGAUGAUCGACAAUCGAAACAUAAAACAUUAUUAAAUAAUGCAUGUGGACUUGUUUUAACAGGUGAUAGAACUCAUUUAAAUAUUCGACAAGUUGUAUUAAAAAGUCAUAUACAAACACGUGAAGCUGUAAGAGAUAAAUUAAAAGAAUUAAAAUCUAUAGAAAAUGAGCAAUGUUAUCUAUCAUUUGGUAUACAAGUUAGUUGUGUUGGUCGUGGUGUCGAUUUUUAUCAUCAAGAAUCGAAUGUUGAAUGUUCAGAAUUUCAAAAACUCUUUCCAAAUACAUCAUUAAUUGGAAUAUUUGGAAAUGGUGAACUUGGACAUGAUUAUCUCCUCAAUGAUAAUGAGGCUUCACAACAACAACAAAGAACUACUAAAGAAUCAUUGAAAGAUUUAUUUCAUACUUAUUCAACUAUAUUUUCAAUUAUUUCAUUACGAAUGUAA